GGCUAACAACUAUUAGCUUCUAAGUUGAGCUGGUCGGUGUGUUUCCAGCAUGGACAACACGACAGACGGGACGUGGGACACUUUACCGGUAAAACUAAACGAUGGGAUCUUACAGACGCUCGAGGAGCUGAAGUUCAGUCACAUGACACCUGUACAGUCUGCUUGUAUUCCUCUUUUCAUGAGUAACAAAGAUGUGGCUGCUGAGGCGGUGACUGGGAGCGGGAAGACGUUGGCUUUUGUGAUCCCCAUCAUCGAGCUGCUUCUGAAGAGAGAAGAGAAGCUGAAGAAGAUGCAGGUCGGAGCUCUGGUGGUCACUCCCACGAGAGAACUGGCGCUCCAGAUCAGUGAAGUGAUGGGACAGUUCAUUCAGAAGUUUCCACAGUUCACGCAGAUUUUACUGAUCGGUGGAACGAACCCGAUCGAGGACGUAGCGAAGUUCAAGGAUCAGGGUGCAAACAUCGUCAUAGCAACGCCCGGCAGACUGGAGGACAUGUUCAGGAGGAAGGGCGAAGGGCUGGAUUUGGCGGGAUCGGUCAAGAGUCUGGAUGUGCUGGUUCUGGAUGAGGCGGACAGACUGCUGGACAUGGGGUUUGAAAUCAGUCUGAACACGAUCCUCGGCUACCUGCCCAAACAGAGACGCACAGGUUUGUUUUCGGCCACUCAGACUCAGGAGCUGGAGAAGUUGGUCCGAGCCGGUCUCAGGAACCCGGUACGAAUCACUGUCAAAGAGAAAGGCGUCGCUGCCACCUCCACCCAGAAAACGCCCUCCAAACUCUCCAACUACUACAUAGUUUGCCGACCAGAGGAGAAGUUCAACAACCUGGUGGCGUUUCUACGGCAACACAAACAUGAGAAAAACCUCGUCUUCUUCAGCACCUGUGCUUGUGUGGAUUAUUACGGCCGAGCUCUGGAGACGCUCAUAAAGAAAGUCACCGUCCACAGCAUCCACGGCAAGAUGAAAACCAAACGCAACAAGAUCUUUGCCGACUUCAGAGCGCUGAAAAGCGGGAUCCUGGUGUGUACAGAUGUGAUGGCAAGAGGUAUCGAUAUUCCAGAUGUGAACUGGGUGCUGCAGUACGAUCCUCCGAGCAGCGCCAGCGCCUUCGUACAUCGCUGCGGUCGAACAGCACGAAUCGGUAACCUAGGCAACGCGCUCGUCUUCCUGCUGCCGAUGGAGGAAUCCUACAUCAAUUUCUUAUCCAUCAACCAGAAAUGUCCGCUCCAGAAAAUGUCUGCAGUGAACGACGUUGUGGACGUUCUGCCCAAAGUGAAGGCCUUGUCUCUGGCCGACCGCGCCAUGUACGACAGAGGCAUGAGGGCAUUCGUCUCGUUCGUCCAGGCCUACGCCAAACACGAGUGCAGCCUCAUCUUCAGAACCAAAGAGCUGGACUUUGCCGCUUUAGCUCGAGGCUUCGCUCUCCUUCGCCUGCCGAAGAUGCCCGAGCUCAAAGGGAAGACGCUUCCCGACUUCGUGGAGACGACGGUGGACACAGACACGAUCCGCUACAAGGACAAGAACCGGGAGAAGCAGAGACGGAAGCUGCUGGCGGAGCUGGCGGAGCAGAGAGAAAAAGGAGAGGAGGCUUUCCAGCAGCGUAAGAGGAACUUUGUGAAGAACAAAUCGUGGUCCAAACAGAAGAACAGGAAGGACAGGCGGAAGAAGAACGCAGCCAAGAGGAAGCGGAACGAGGGCUCCGGCUCCGACGUCGACAACGAAGACAUGAAAGAGAUUUUAAACGACACCCGCAUCCUGAAGAAACUAAAGAAAGGUCAAAUCAGCGAGGAGGACUUUGAGAAACAGAUCACACGCGGACCGAAGUCCAAACACAAAAAAACAGAAGAGGGGUCGGGAGAAGAAGAUGUUUGAGCUGUUUUUUUAAAUGUUUUCAAUUAAAACACA